AUGGCUGCCUCCAGUUCUUCCGAUAGCGAUAGCAGCUCCAGCCGCUCUACCUCGCCUGAACCCGAUAACAAGCAGAAGCAAACUAUGAAGGGUCAAAAGGGUGACUUAAAGUCCAAGGAGGAAGUUGAAGAUUCAAGCUCGUCUGGUUCGGGCUCGGAUUCCGAUAGCAGCGACGAUAGCAGCGACGAAAGCUCUGACGAUAGCGAGGACGCGAAUGAGACCGCAGCCCCUGCUAAGAAAGUGGUCAUUGCCGGCUCCAAGCCCUAUAAGCCUCCCUCCGGCUUCAACUCCGCAAACAAGCAAGCCCCGCCAUCCUCGACCUCCUCUUCCGUCCUCUCAAAUCUCAAUGGCAAGAAAGUCUUUCACAUUACCGCUCCCUCUUUCCUUCCCUUAUCAAAGGUCAAAGAAAUCACUAUGUCCAAGGUCAUGAAGGGCAAGCCAAUCCUCUCAUACGAAGGCUCAGACUACGGAAUCCCGUCCGAAGCUUUCACCGAAGAAGAUCUCCAGGGCAAGUCGCUCCUUGUAUUCGACAAAUCCACACAAAAAUACAAGAAAACAACCGAUCACAUCCCUACCUAUAACAUUCAAGAGCUGGUGAAUGUACCGGAGGCUGAUAAGGAAACCGUGGAGGCUCUCCGGGAUACCGUGAAGCCCGCGCGGCCGCAACCAAAGAACCUGAAGAUGCGCUUCCGACCUCUUGGAAGUUUGCCCGCCACACCUGAGACACUAGGCUCAGACUCAGAGUCCGAGGCUGAGGUCCCUUCAUUCAAGGUUCCAGCUGGGGAGAAGGAACGAAAGCGAAAGCACGAUCGUACUGAGGGCGAGGCUUCUCAGACGGUUAGCUCGCCUAGCCGGAAGAAGUCUAAGAAGCACUCUGCGCCUGAGGAUGGGGAGGAGAAGAGCCAUAAGAAGUCGAAAAAGUCAAAGGAUGGCGAGGAGAAGAAGCGGAAAAAGUCAAAGGCAUGA